AUGCAUGCUGAUGAGAUUGCCCCGACAGAGAUGGACCCUGCUAUGACGCCUCGUGAGAAGUGCCGGGUGCCAGGCUCUCCUCCACCCCUUGACAUCGAAGCUGGGCUAGCAUCCGGAAUGCAAGCACGGUCUCCGCUCAGCGGGCACUUGCGAAGUAUGCCUUCACCUCUCCGCACCAUACGCAGAUCCCUUUCACCGAGGGAGGCACGUGAUCGUGGAAGCCGGUUGAAUGCAGCUACUAUCCCGGAGAAUGAUCGUGAUGCGCACCUUGGCGAGUCACGAAAUCUUAUGGAGGACAGCUUGAUGGGUACGUCACCCUGCACGGAGCAUUCCAUGGACUCGUUGGCAUCUUUCUUUCGUGAUGGCCAUUACUAUGUACCCUUGCGGCUGUCAUCAGUGGAUGAGCCAUUGGCAGAACCUGCCCAGCAUCCUCGUGAGGCUCACAGUGACCGUCCGUUAGACACGAGCAUUGAUAGCUGUGAGCACGGGACGCCUUGUAUGGCCUCGUUCCCCUGCCCGCUAAGUUCUGGGGGUCCUGGCAGAGUGAUGCCUGCACAAGGUGGCACAAGGCGAUUGGAUGCUUUGCCAGCCGCACCUCCUGCCUUGAUGGGCGUGACUGAGCCACCCCCUCGGCCCAUGAGAGACGUUCAGUAUGCGGCCAUCCCAUGCUUUCCUGAUUCGCAGGAGCUGCGGAUGGCUCGCUCUGGGGUGCCACGCAUCCCUGCUCCUACCGAAUCAGUGGACAUGCCGAGUUCUGAGAGGAGGUACGAGCCCUCGCGACCUGUGCCAUGUCCAAGCCAAGCUCCUCUUCGAGCAGAUGCAGCCCAAGGUGUGGCUGCCAUGCCAACGCGACAUGUGCCAAGUUCAGUUUGCACUGCUGGUGACGCAAGGCCUGCAGAAGAGCCCGGCAGGACCUACGUUUCAAAUCCAGUUCGCGCAAGUGAUGUGCCAACACCUGCUGCUACAGCAGGGAUACCUCCUGCCACCGGCAGUGAACACGCAGGCCUAACUUCGGCAACUGAGGGGCCAGGAAGACAUCGGCUCAGCGAUGCACCUCAAGACUUACGAACUUCAGGGCCAAUGCCCCCUCAGCCAGCAUUGCCAACUGGCGGCAUGUUGUCAAUGAGCAGCAUGGCCACGCCCAGUCUGGGCUUUGUGGCACCUGGCCCAGGACAUGUGGCAUCAAUGCCAGUGCAGGCAGGGGUGCCCCCUGCAGCGAGACUGCCGGCUGCACCUAGUAUCACUCAGGGUGCGCAGCCGCCACCCUACAUGUGCACCAGCUCGGCCCAUGCAGGGCCUCCCUUUCAAAGAGAUUUCGUUGGAGUGGGGAUAGCUCCGCCACCGCAGGCUUUGCCCAAGACUGGUAUGCCUCCUGCACGGCCAUGGGGAACUCAAGGGCCGAUGGCUGCUCCUGCCACCUGGCAAGCGCCUUGGCCAGCGCAGCCCGCUGCGGCAGUCCCGCCAGUCCCAUCAGCCUUGCCGCCGCAAGCCACAUCGCUGCAGGCGCCUGUCCAGCCUGUCCGAGCAGAAGCACACACAGCUGGCCGCAUGCCUCCAGCCGCAGUCACAAACACAGGAGGUGGCCAAGGCAUUGCUCCCGCAGAGCCUACUGAGCCUGCUAUGCGUGCAGAUUCGCAAGGACCAGCGCAGAUCAGCCAGGAAGUACCUGCGGUGGGCUCAAAAUCUAGUGGCCCGAUUCCAGCUUCUGCAGUCCAGCAGGAUAGCCAAGCAGGGUUACCUCCUGCACCUGAAUCCGUGAAGGACACAACGAUCCCUGAGGAGUUGCCAGAGGUGGUGCCUGCACUUCAUGGAGUGGUUCCCCAUGAGACCCAGGUUAAUGACAGCAAGUCACCACCUCGAUCUCCUCUCAGAGCCCGCUCACCUUCUUUCGCUGCUGGGGUGCCAGAUUUGGACCAAGAUCAGAUCACGACACCACCCCCGCCAGAAAUGAUCGAAAAAGGGCAACAGACCACGCCCGAAAAGGCAGUUGCUCACAGGCGCAAGCGGGCCGCUCCAGAGAAGCUCAACUUUGCCAAGGAGAGCCCGUUUUCCUUGGUCAAAGUCGGUGUGGAUAAGCUCAAGUGCCUAAAUCAGCAGGGCAGGCCUCGUCGCCAUCAAAUUCGUGUGCUCGAACACUGGCGAAAUGAACGUGUUCUGUACGAGAGGGUGCGUGGAUCAACCAUGCCCACAGUUUGUGGAGUUGUUGUCGCUCAGCCGUGCGAACCAGGAGAUGAACCCCAGGAACGCAUACCGAUAGGAUUGACAGCCAGGUUCGAUGAUGCCUUCAGCCCAUGCAGCACCAGCAAAAUGUCCGACACCUCGUUCAAGUCAGGAGGGCUGGACCAAGAGAAUGCAGCAGAACCAGUGCAGCAAGCCAAAGCUGCUAAAGCCAGGCGCCCUAGGCGCCGCGUGGAGCUAGCAGCCAAAGCUGCAAGUGCUGCAGCAGCUUCUGCUCUCACAGCUGAAGUGCCGCAACGAGCUUUGCCCAGGAGAACACCUACCGGCUUUGUAGAAGUCCCAACAGCCGAAGGUUCCACACAUGCUGUGGGGAUCAGAGUCGGACUAGAGAAUGGCAAGUGGAUGUGUUGUGACAUUCGCAUCCCUCCGCGCUCUUUCAACACACCGGAGGAACUCGCAGCAAGCAAAUCGAUUCUCAUCUUCGUGGUCUCCUGCGAGCCUGGAACCCUCACUGCGGCAGUUGACUUGGAUGUCAUUGAUUUAUCAACAGGACACUCCCUUGUCAUCCGCCCGGGGCAGGAGUAUUGCUUGCGAAAUUCAUCUGCUGCAACAACGGCCCAGUUGAAGAUGGUGAUGAUCAAUCAAAUGAUGCCGUGA